UUUGGCGCAGAGGGUAAUACUAGUUUCUUGUUCCAGCAUGACGACGUGACGGAGCUGACGCCUGGAAACAGCACUGCUAAUGACGAAAACCCGCGGCCCGAUGCUCUCACCACGCUAACCGUCGUCCUUGUCGGCGUGUUCCUGUCGCUGGUGAUCUUCCUGUCCAUCGCGGGCAACAUCCUGGUGUGCGUUGCCAUCUACACAGACCGGGCCUUGAGACGCAUCGGGAACCUGUUCCUUGCGUCACUAGCCAUCGCCGACCUGUUUGUGUCCAGCCUCGUGAUGACGUUCGCCGUCGUCAACGACCUGCUCGGCUACUGGAUGUUCGGGGCGCAGUUCUGCGACACGUGGAUCGCGUUCGACGUCAUGUGCUCCACGGCGUCAAUCCUGAACUUGUGCGCCAUAUCCUUGGACCGGUAUAUCCACAUCAAGGACCCGCUGAGGUACGGACGAUGGGUCACGAGGCGUGUAGCCGUGGGCUCCAUUGCCGGCAUCUGGCUGCUGGCGGCUCUAAUAUCCUUCGUUCCCAUUUCCCUGGGACUACACCGCCCUCCUCAACCUCUGGUUUACCACGCGGGUGACACCGAGUACCCCACCUGCGCCCUCGACCUGACCCCGACGUACGCCGUCGUCUCGUCUUGCAUCAGUUUCUAUUUCCCAACUCUGGUCAUGCUCGGGAUAUACUGCAGGCUCUAUCUCUACGCCCAGAAGCACGUGAAGAACAUUCGGGCAGUGACGAGGCCUCUCACUGCAUCCUCAGCCACGACCAACUUCGGUGCCACCAUGGAUUCAAACUCGCCCACUCAGUCCACAUCUUCCAAACACGCCCUUGCCAGCAAGGUACAGGUUCACCAUCAGUCUUCGCCGUACCACGUGUCAGACCACAAGGCCGCCAUAACUGUUGGCGUCAUCAUGGGCGUCUUCCUGAUAUGCUGGGUACCAUUCUUCUGCGUCAACAUCGUGGCAGCUUUCUGCAAGACCUGCAUACCCGGCAUCGUCUUCAAGAUCCUCACGUGGCUCGGCUACUCCAAUUCAGCCUUCAACCCCAUCAUUUACUCCAUAUUCAACACGGAGUUUCGUGAAGCUUUCCGGAGGAUUCUGACUACGCAUUACCCGCCAUGUUGUUGCGAUGGUAAAUGUGGGUAUGAGUCCGUGAGCGGGAGGUCUUCUCUUGGAGGUGGAAAGAGGAGAAGUGCUGGAGACGGUGAUGACUUUGGAAGCCUUAGGGGCAAAAAGGGACUUACUGUCAGCGGCACUCCGAGACACAACGGUUCCUGCACGCAGCUCAAGGAGAGCAGUAGUCCUAGAAGUUCUGCGGGUUCAGUUGGAACUCUGAGGCAGACCAGAGUGAAUUCUACCGACAGAGACAUCGUAGAAGGAGAAGAAAUAAGUGCAAUAUGACUGCAAUGAUGACGUGGCUAGUGAAGAAUUGACAUUUCGUCUUCAUUCGGAUAAGAAACCACGACGAUAAAGCUUCAUCUUAGAAAACGAUGUAUUUUCUAUUCACUAAGACUAAGUACGUAAGACAGUUUAGCUCAGUAAGUGAAAAGCAAUCACAUCGCACUCUAACCCUCCAGAAAUUAAAAAAAGGACAGAAACUGUUGCAGUUCCUUUUUUGUGUGAGUGUUUCGUCUUUGAAAGAAAAAUACAAUCCCACAUUUUCUGAAAUUAAAUUUAUUUGAAUAAAGGCGUGUGAUUUUUAAAAUAAAAUUAAGUUAAAUAGUUUAUCGAUUCUAUUUGAGGCUUUCAGUAAGCAAUACGCGAUAAGAAUUUUUUUUUUCAGAACUCGCGCUAAUUAAUAAACAUUGUAUCAACUACUGAAAUUUAUUCUGAAAAUCGGUAAACUUCAAAGGUGUGAUUAAUUCGCCUAAAGGACUUGGAGUCUGACCACAGGCACAAUAAUUGACCUGUGUCUCAGGAGUUUUUGAGGUCGUCUCUAUGUUUCACGUACCAAAUAAAGUAUUUCUUCAUGUCUAGCCGAAGCGUAAUUAGACGCACUGUGGCCUGCGUUGUUCUACGUUCUGAAAUUCUAGUACAGCUCACCAAAUGUGAAAACCUCAAAUCAUACAUUUUCUAAACUAAAUACUUGAAACACAGCCUUUCUUAAGAUACAGUCGCUCACCUAGACCAAAAAUUUGACUCAUUCAAUUGAAUUUGAAGUUUUAUUUGCGUGUGUACAAGGGACUAUCACUGCCUAACCUGGACCAAGUGAAUGUAUUCUACAUUUUCGUAGUCUGUUACUCAACACUCAUUUCACUGCAUACUCCCCAUCUACAAAUAAAUGUUCAGAGUAGUUUAAUUCCCCAAUAAUUUGACAAUCUCGAUAUUUUAAACAUACUUUUGCAAUUUUUGUUUCUACGAACACAAAACUAAUUUUAUUUAUUAUAUUAGUAGUUCAUUAUCUGAAAUUUAAACGUGUUCAAAAUAAAUAAGGAAGAAUUUGGCACAAAUUUCAUCCGGUUUGAACCACAAGACAUAUGGAUCAUUGACUAACAUUACAGUGGUAAUAAUAUAACCACUGGAUUUUUGUGGACGAGUAAAAUCAUAUAAAGUGUCUCAAAGCAUUUGGUUUACGAAUAUGAGGCACGAAACAUUAUUUCUCUGAAGACAAUACUAUGUAGUACCAUUCUCACAUUUUAUGAAGACCAAAUUCACCUCAAAGUUCUGAACCUGCUAUUUGAAAAAAAACGUGUACUAUUGAGGCGCUUUAUGAAAGCAUCACAUUCUUCUUUGUUCUGCCUGCCUCAACGAGACCCUAACGAAGGUGUCUGUACUCCAACCCAUGUUUAAUCUUCAAACAUCUUCCUGGUGCUAAAUGCUGGGCACCGAGAAAAGGCUAAUGUCUCGUGUGCAUGCAAACGUCUUUAAGGCAACCCUGAGGCCAUCAUCCGGACAACGGAAGACUGAGGUAUGUUUACCUCGCCUCUUAACCGUCCUGGAAUCAUGUGUAAGACUUUUAGCAGAUAUGCUCGAGUUAACUUCUUGGCUUUGUGUCAGAUGGAUAUUCUGAACCUCUUGCAAACGAGUGUCAAAAUUGUCGUUUAUAACACGUCACUGAAGCCUUGUUCAAUAUCGUUUCUGUUCCUUCGCACAUUGGCAACUCAUCAACAUCGUCUAAAUUGACAGAACUUAACACUCAGUCGUUGUGAACAAAACCAAGAGUCUGUUGAAUUCUGAAGAUCUCCAAAUCCGUCUUCUUUCAUGGAUUACAUUUACAGUUUCACUGUCUACUCCGAGAAUUGGAUGCUAUUUGUUUCAGCUGAAGAUUAUUUGAAAUCAAUGUACAUUUUGUAUUUAUUCAUACCAACCUCCACUCCUUUCAAAAUAGAAUGCUAAGUUCUAACAGCUGUCUCAGACAUAACUGCAGUUGGCUUGUCUAUGAUAUCUUACAGAAAUAGUGAGGGAGCCUGUCAGCCGAAUUUUUAAGUCUCAGGACAGAGACGAGUUCUGGCUCCCUAAAGUUACUUCAUAGAUUUCACCCAUGUCCGGAGGCUCCAAUUCUUUUAAUCUUUAUUAAGGUCAUAAUUCUUCGACCGAAUCAAAGCUCUGACCAAGAUUUUUGACUUAAAUUAACGUGACGUCGGUAAAACUCCUAGUUUCAAAAAAUUGUAAGGCACUUAUAGCAGCCGAAAACUGAACGAGCUCACCCAAGGGCAACCGAGGUUAACUGAUAUACAGCAGGCCAGCCUAUGUUGCCCCUAAAAUGACUGCGAAUUAGGCGUAACGAAUGGUCUGACUAUUCGGCUAAUCUGACUGGUCUUUUCCAAGAUUUUCCUCUAUUAUAAGGCAAAUUCCUUUGUGUGAUACGAAAAGGUUACAGACUUUAUUCCCAAAUCAUGGAGUCGAUUAAUCAAACCGAUUUUAACACUUCUGGAAUAAAUUCCUAGGACCGCAUUGAAACGAAAUCCUUUUCACGAAGGACAAGUUGGAUGAUGGGAUAAUCUACCAGCAGUUGUAAUAGCCCCUACGUUGAAAAAUUCAGGGCCUUUCCCCGAUAAAUCUGUCAUUAUAAAUCGCAAGACUUAAUAAUUAAUCUUCUCUUAUGACCAGAGACUAAUAUUUUACACCCAGUUUUAGUUUAUUGCUUAUGUUGUCAAUUGGCAUACGAGAAGACACGUGAUUCUGAACUGACUGGGGUAGCGUUGUUCCAAGGGAAUUAUAUAUUUAAAUUAUUCGUCAAAUUAGUGUCGUUGCGUAAUUUUAAUUGGAAUUUAAUCGCCAUAUUUAUCAAAUUUUAUGCUGUGUUUAUUUAUAACUGCUUUGUUUUAUCUUGUGUAAUUUUAUUUUCGGAAUUUAUUUAUUUUUAUGUUCGCCUAAGAUGAUGAACGUUUUCCAAUUAUCUCAAAAUCUCGUGGUUCUGGCGUUGAAUUUACUGAAAAAGCCACCAAAUAACACGAGUCCAUUAAAUCUGAUAAUUGAAUGAAUUGCGAGAAUUCUAAAGCUUCAGUAAGUCGUGGGAGCGUUUUACUGAUGAGUCUCGUAUCAGAGGCUGAUCAAUCUAUGACGAUUUAUGAUUCCGCUGUCGAAAGAAUCAUACAGUAGUGCUGGAUAUUCCAAAUUCAUGGCGAUGAUACAUUUUCCUUUCCAACAGAAAAGAUUAAUUUUAUUUGCAGUUAAAAAAAAAUAUUUUAUUUAGAACUGAUGUCUGCUAAUGCCUUUUUCUGUGUGAUAAAGCAAGCAUUAACUGUACACUUCUGUCCAAAAUUUUUUCGAGUAUAUAUUUCAGCUACUUUAAUUUUUUUUCGAGAUAUGGACACAAAGCCUGUGAAGUCACCAUGAUAGUUAAUGUUCAUAUAUAAAAAUGUUUUGAACAAAUAAAUAUGUGUCUUUAUUUUUUCUUAUAAAAAUUUUAUACACGUCUGUUUCCAGUACUUGAUUUUCGCCAUAAAAUCUCAAUCCAAAUUUGAAUUUCCCAAUGAUGCUUCGUUUUACAACGUACAAACAAUUCCUUCAAAUUCUGGAUUAUUUUUUUUUUGAACAUUGCUUCCUUUCCGGAGCCCUGACGUCCAGAAAUCGGUGUGAUCAUUACGAUAUGAUAUAUCAUCGUCUUUUCCUUUAGAAUUGAACUCUUGAGGAUGUAAUCUUAACGAAAGACUGGAAAUACUUUUUUUUAUAAAUUUUGAAGUUCCAACAGUUCUAACGCAUAUACAGACCGUUAAUUAGAAAUAUAAUAUAUAUAAAUAAAUAUUAAACCCGAAAAUAUACAUUAAAACUUAUAUAAAUGUGUUAAAAACACUGAAGACAUACCUUCGCAAAGUGCCACUCAUUUGUUUCUUUAGAAGAAAAAAAAACUUCCGAUUGCAGCGCGCUGAGGUGGUUAAAGACAUUAAACAUUUGACUAGCGAAAAGACAAUCGUCUGUGGAAAAAUGUGUCGCUCCUCUUGUGGUCGUUUAGGAAACUACGUGUCCCAGUGUGUGUUGCAAAGACAAAUCCUAUUUUCAUGAACAAUGAUCUUCUCUUGAACUGAGUUAUAUGCCUGUGUUUAAUAAUUGUGUAUAGAAUAGAUAAUACUGUACACAUAACAUUUGUGUUUUCUGUGUGCUGUGACUUUGCUCAACUAUUUAUGUGUGUGCGUGUUGCAAAGAUUCACUUUCAGUAGCAAAAUUCUGAUAUUAAUAGAAACUUAUUUACAUGUCUUUAUUUCAUUUAGCCAAAUUACGAGUGUAAAUAUCAGAACUUGUAAAAGAAAUGGUAUUAUGAAUUGCAUUUCAUAAAUAGUAUGUGUCCCGAAAACAGCAAAUAAAAACAAAGAAAUUUC